GCUGACGUCACGCGUCAUGUGACCGACAGCGGAAGUGCUUGUGUUUCCUGAGUUGAAAAGAAUCAAAACAAACGGACGAUGAAUUCAAUAAUUACAGAGACACCAAGUAUUAAAGCAGCUGUGGUUCACAUCAACUCCAUCGACAGCAGUAAACUCUCACGACUUCUGACUCGAAUCCUGCAGAAACUUCAUCUGAAGGAGCGCUCGUUCACUGCAGACGAGGAGGAGAAACUCCAGAGCGCUUUAUCACUGGACAAACAAACUCUUCAUCUGCUGCUGGAAACUGUGUCCUUCAUCCUCGAGCAGGCGGUGUAUCACAAUGUUAAAGCGGCGUCUCUCAAACAGCAGCUUGAGAACAUCAGCAUCUCGUCUGAGAAAGUGGAAGUGUUCAGUCAUGUUUGGUCUUCUGCCGGUCCAGAUGUGAUGGAGAAGAUCAGACAGAACAUAUUCUCUCCUCAGAAGUUGGAUCACAUCGGGUGGCAGUUGAAUCUGCAGAUGUCUCGGUCCGAUCAGACCCGUUUGAAAGCACCACACGCAGUUCUUGAUCUGGGGCUCCGAGCGGAGGAUGAUUCACAGCUCAACAGUGUGUGUGUGGAGUUUAACCAUCAGGAGCUGCUGCACUUCUACAAUCAGAUUGAAUUGAUUCAGACUCAGUUGGACUCUCUCACCUGAUUCUCCACUCGUCUCUUGACCCCAUGAUGCCUCUCUGACAGCAGCCUUUGAUUGACAGCCAUCAGUGUGUGUUCUGCACUUUCUGUGACAUCAGUCUUUAAUUAAAAAAGUCCUUUCUGUUUUUUAUGAAGUGUUUAUUCUGGAUUUGUAUCUCAUCCGAACUCAAAGCUGCAUGUGUUUCACUGUUAUAAAUGUGUUAAUGAAGAAUUUGAGCUGUAGUUCAUUCAAACAGCAGAAUGACUGAUGAUGUUUCAUUAAAGAUGAUUUUACGCUGAUCUGUCCAGUGUCUGUUCAUCUCAAACUGCCAUCUGAACAACAAUGCACUUGAGGUCAUUAUAAUGUGAUAUUUACAGCAGUCACACAGCAGAAUAUAUUCACAAUACAGCAUCAUCUCAAGUGACAUUGCUUUCAGAAAAAUAUUUCUAUAUAUUAAAAUAUUAAGGAGGUACUGUAUAUUGUUAUCACACAACCACAGGAUGUACAGCAGAAUGAUGGCCUAAUGUCGGAUCAUUUUUCUAACGUCAGCGUUUAUAGUAAAAGAGUCAGUAAAUCAUUCACUUGAUGUGUGUUGUAUUGAAGAGAUGGCAAUAAAAUCUGCUUCUUUCUUUA